CCUCCUCCUACGCCCAUACAUUGCAUCUAAGAAGCUAUUCAAAAGCAAACGGUGCCUUCUUCUUCAAUUCUCUUCCUCAAACACAAAAGCCAAAAAAAAAAAAAACUCCCAGUUUGAUAGAAUACUGGGUUUCCUUUAAUGUUUAUGUCUUCCCCAAACAUAGAAUUAUGUAAUUUGGUGUCUCUCUUUUGAAUAUUCGGAUCCAUCAUCUUUGACUUUCUCUGCUCAUUUCGUGGCGAAAAACAUGAACAUCGUCCACCACCGCUAAAUCUUUUAUCUUUACUUUGGAUAUCUCAAAGACAUGUAAUUUACCAGAUAUUCCUGAAUAUUCUCAAGAGUCUUUUUUUUCUGUAGUAGAAGAUUAUUGAAGGAAGAGGGAACUAGAGAGCCAAUUGUUUAGAGUUUGAGAUAGAUAAAACUCACCAUGGAGGAAACCUUUGUGCCUUUACGAGGCAUAAAAAAUGACCUGAGAGGCAGAUUAAUGUGUUACAAGCAAGAUUGGACUGGUGGCUUUAAAGCAGGCUUCAGGAUUCUGGCACCCACCACUUACAUUUUCUUUGCUUCUGCGAUUCCCGUCAUUUCUUUUGGUGAACAACUUGAGAGAAAUACUGAUGGAGUUCUCACGGCGGUUCAAACCUUGGCAUCGACGGCACUUUGCGGUAUCGUACACUCGAUAAUCGGAGGUCAACCCUUGCUGAUAUUAGGAGUUGCUGAGCCAACUGUCAUUAUGUAUACAUUUAUGUUCAACUUUGCUAAAGACAUACCCGAUUUGGGUCGAGACUUGUUUCUGGCAUGGAAUGGAUGGGUAUGCGUGUGGACUGCAGGCUUGUUGUUCUUACUGUCUAUCUUGGGAGCUUGUUCCAUUAUCAACAGGUUUACUCGUGUGGCGGGCGAACUGUUCGGUCUGCUUAUAGCUAUGCUGUUUAUGCAGCAAGCUAUCAAAGGUCUUGUGGAAGAGUUUCGGAUUCCGCAACAUGAAAACCCCAAAUCGACAGAAUUCAUACCUUCGUGGCGGUUUGCCAAUGGGAUGUUUGCCUUGGUUUUGUCAUUUGGCCUUCUUUUCUCCGCUUUAAGAAGCCGAAAAGCACGGUCAUGGCUCUACGGGACAGGUUCGCUGAGAAGCUUUAUAGCAGACUAUGGUGUGCCACUUAUGGUACUUGUGUGGACAGCCGCGUCUUACAUACCUUCCGGAAGUGUUCCAAAAGGAGUCCCACGUCGUCUCUUCAGCCCGAAUCCAUGGUCCUCUGGUGCUUAUGAAAAUUGGACAGUUAUCAAGGACAUGCUAAAUGUUCCGGUUGUCUAUAUUAUCGGAGCCUUCAUUCCGGCCACCAUGAUCGCAGUGCUCUAUUACUUUGAUCAUAGUGUAGCAUCUCAACUUGCUCAGCAGAAAGAGUUUAAUCUGAGAAAGCCAUCUUGUUACCAUUAUGACUUACUUCUUUUGGGAUUCUUGACAUUGUUAUGUGGUCUUAUUGGAAUCCCACCAGCAAAUGGGGUCAUUCCGCAAUCUCCGAUGCAUACCAAGAGCUUGGCUACUCUCAAACAUCAGCUGCUUCGUAAUCGACUGGUUGCAACAGCACAUAACUCUAUAAGAAAGAAUGCUAGCUUGGGACAGUUGUAUGGAAAUAUGCAAGAAGCCUAUCAACAAAUGCAGACGCCUUUAGUUCACCAGGAGCCUGCAGCUCGGGGACUACAUGAACUAAAAGAAUCGACCAUUCAAGCUGCUACAUGUACAGGCAACAUCGACGCCCCAAUUGACAAGACUUUAUUUGAUAUCGAGAAGGAGAUCGAUGAUCUAUUGCCAGUUGAAGUAAAAGAGCAGCGUCUCAGUAACUUGCUUCAAUCCACCAUGGUAGGAGGAUGUGUUGCAGCAAUGCCAAUCCUUAAAAUGAUCCCAACUUCAGUCCUCUGGGGCUACUUCGCCUUCAUGGCUAUCGAAAGCUUGCCGGGUAACCAAUUUUGGGAAAGGAUCUUAUUGCUCUUCACCGCACCAAGCAGAAGAUACAAAGUCCUGGAGCAGCAACAUGCAACCUUUGUGGAGACUGUCCCGUUCAAGACAAUUGCGAUGUUCACCAUUUUCCAAACUGCUUAUCUGCUCGUAUGUUUCGGCUUAACCUGGGUUCCGAUCGCCGGUGUUAUGUUUCCUUUGAUGAUCAUGCUUUUAGUUCCAGUAAGACAAUACAUCCUGCCCAAGUUUUUCAAAGGGGCACAUCUUUAUGACUUGGAUGCCGCCGAGUAUGAAGAGGCACCUUCUUUGCCAUAUAAUCUUGCCACAGAGACAGAGCUGGGACAUGGAGCAUCCAAUCCAGGGGACAGAGAGAUACUAGAUGAAGUCAUUACAAGAAGCCGAGGCGAAUUCAGGCAUACAUGCAGUCCUAGAAUCACUAGCUCCACCGCUACGCCUGCAAACGACAUGAGAGGCCAUCAAAGCCCACGCCUCUCAUGUCAAAGCCCGCGUCUGAAAGGCGAGAGAAGCCCUCGUGCAAGUGGAAAGGGGUCACGGUCACACAGUCCAAGGACUGGGGAACUAAAACCAUCUAAUCUGGGGAGGAGUCCUCUUAACCCAGGAUCGUAUUAGUGUUGAAUAUUUCGAUAAUAUCUGUCCGUAUUGAAAUGUUUUUUUUUUUCAUUUCCCAGUCUUUAUAUCUAGUGUGUUUGAUUGGCUUGGCUUAGCACUGUUGUAAAUUGUUCCCUCUUCCUUCUUCAAAAUCCCAACUUCAUAUGUAACAACAGAUUCCUU